GUUAUACUUAAAAUAACCAAAGCAAAAUGCGUGCGGUUCUGGUAUUCGGGUUGGCGCUGGUCGCCUCUGCUUCAGCGUUUGUUAGCAUCUCUAAACCCUAUCACGAGGAAAUCGGAAUCCCCCAGGCACGCAGGAUCAAGGCGUAUGAAGAGAGCCUGAAUGCCAAUAAGCAGGCGAAGACUGUUUCCGAAUUUCAGGCUGACAGGAUCAUUGGAGGCGUCGUCGCCUCAGCGAAUGCGCACCCAUACUUGGGUGGUCUGAUCAUCAACCUGAUAAAUAUCCGUUCUGAGUCGGUGUGCGGUUCGUCGUUAAUAUCAACCAACCGGCUCGUCACCGCUGCGCACUGCUGGUUUGACGGCACGCACCGAGCAUGGCAGUUCGUCGUGGUUCUCGGCUCUCAGUUCCUCUUCCUAGACGGGUUUCGUAUGCCCACCAGCAAUGUGGCCAUGCAUCCACAGUAUUCGCCCAGAACUUUGUUCAACGAUAUUGCGAUGAUCUACUUGCCGAACCAUGUGCCUUUAUCCCAUGCUAUUCAACCUAUCAGCCUUCCUGAUGCGUGGGAAUUGUCGAACGACUUCGUCGGAUCGAUUGCUGUCGCGGCAGGUUACGGCAGGACAAGCGAUCAACAAUCGGGAGUAGGUCUUGACACGGUGGUGCGCCACGUGAACUUGCAAGUGAUCAGUAUGGCGGAGUGCCAGAGAAUAUACCAGAGCAGCAUCAUCGCGAGCACCCUUUGUACCAGCGGUCAGGGAGGCGUAGGUGUCUGCAGCGGCGAUUCUGGUGGACCUCUUGUGGUUAAUCGCUGGGGACGUUUGACCUUAAUCGGAGUUACCUCCUUCGCUGCUCGAGUAAAUGGAGUGCAAGCCUGCCAACGUGGAUUCCCUUCAGGAUUCGCUCGCGUCACCAGCUUCUACAACUUUAUCACCCAACAUAUGUAAGGAGUGGCCGUAUAUCCUUUUGAUUUUACAAACAAACGCAUCAAGCAAAAUAUUGUAUCGAGAGUUGUUAAUAAAGUAAUAAUUCUAAAA